AUGGAGAAAGCAUUCACCUCUUUUCUCUCAACACUGUUGUUGCUUCACUAUGUUAUGGCUACUUCAGCCAAGACUCAUACCAACAUUACUACUGAUCAAUUAAUUCUUCUUUCUUUGAAAUCCCAAAUCAUUUCAGACCCUUCUCAUUUCUUGGAUGAGAGUUGGUCGCGAGCUACUCCUGUUUGCCAUUGGGUUGGAGUCACUUGUGGUUCCCGCCAUCACAGAGUGAGGUCGUUGAAUCUUUCUAACAAGGCUCUUACCGGAAGAAUUCCACAAGAUUUUGGAAACCUCACAUUUCUUGUUUCCCUUGACUUGGGAAGAAACAAUUUCUUUGGCAAAUUGCCUCAAGAAAUGGCACAUUUGCGUCGACUAAAGUUGCUUAAUUUAAGUUUCAACAACUUCAAAGCAGAGAUUCCUUCCUGGUUUGGGUUUUUACACCGACUUCAAGUUCUAAGUCUUAGGAAUAAUAGUUUCACUGGAUCCAUCCCCUCUACAGUUUCCAAUAUUUCUAAGUUAGAAACUUUGGAUUUGACAUACAAUUCCUUAGAGGGUCAGAUCCCAAAAGAGAUUGGAAAUCUUGAAAACAUAAGUUUUUUAAGCUUGGCCGGAAACAAGCUCAUAGGUUAUAUCCCUACGUCUAUCUCGAAUGCCUCAAUGUUGGAGAUGUUAAGACUCUCUCGCAAUUUCCUUCAAGGAAACAUCCCAGAAUGGAUCGGCAAUCUUCACAACUUGAACCAUUUGGCAAUAGAACAUAAUCAGCUUGCAGGUUCUAUACCUUUCUCAAUUUUCAACAUUUCCAAACUUGAAGUCAUUGCAUUCACAAACAAUAGCUUAUCAGGAAGUCUUCCCACUGGUUUAUGCAAUCGUCUUCCAUUACUCAAAGAGCUUCAUUUAUCUUUGAACAAGCUUCGUGGUCAUAUGCCUACAAGCUUGUCAAAUUGCUCAGAGCUUCAAGACUUGUCUCUAUCAGUUAAUCAGUUUGACGGACCAAUACAUAGUGAAAUUGGAAGUUUACGUAACUUGCAGUUCUUGUAUCUCGGAUUUAACCAUUUCACAGGGAUAAUUCCACAAGAAAUUGGAAAUCUUGUUAAUUUGGCGGAGUUAGACAUAUACAAAAACCAUAUUACUGACUCUGUCCCGAUCUCCAUAUUCAAUAUCUCCUCGUUGCAAUACUUUUCACUAGGGAAGAACCAUCUCAAGGGAUCCUUACCACGGGAGAUUGGCAACUUAACCAAGCUGAAGGUUAUAGAUCUUAGUCAAAAUAUGUUUUCUGGUGAAAUACCGAAAGAGAUAAGCAAUCUCAUUGAGUUGGAGGAGUUAUAUCUAGGAAAUUUAACAUAUCUUUAUCUAGAUUUGAACCCCCUAAAUGGUAUGCUUCCAGUCUCUACAGGGAACCUUUCCACUACUCUUACAAAGUUUUAUGCCGCUAAUUGCAAAAUCAAAGGGCGGAUUCCAAAUGAAAUUGGGAACCUAAGCAACUUAUUAGACAUUGAUUUUUCUGGAAACAACUUGGCUGGAUUGAUUCCCACAUCAAUUGGCAACUUGAGAAACCUUCAACGCUUGUUCUUGUAUGAUAACAAACUUACAGGAUUUAUUGGUGAUAAUCUUUGUAAAUUGCCGCGCUUGGGUAGCAUAUACUUGAGUCAAAAUUACCUUUCAGGAUCUCUUCCUAAUUGUUUAGGGAACAUCACUUCCCUUAGGGAGAUACUUCUUGGUUCCAAUAAAUUGAGAUCCAAUAUACCAGCAAGCUUAUGGAAUCUUAAAGAUCUAAAGGUUCUUGACUUAUCGUCAAACAACAUGGGCGGCUUUUUACCUCCACAAAUUGGAAAUCUAAAGGCUGCUUCACAAAUGGAUUUGUCAAUGAAUCAGUUUUCAAAUGGCAUUCCUAAAGAAAUUGGAGGAUUGCAAGAUCUGGAGCGACUUUCUUUGAGACACAACAAAUUGCAAGGAUCUAUACCUGACUCAAUGGGAAAUAUGGUAAGUUUGGAGUUCUUGGACCUUUCUCAAAAUAAUAUAUCAGGAACAAUUCCCAAGUCUUUUGAGAAACUACAAUACCUAGAGUAUUUCAAUGUUUCCGUCAACAAAUUGUAUGGUGAAAUACCCUCUGGGGGUCCUUUCAAGAACCUCUCAAGUCAAUUUUUUCUCUUCAACGAAGCAUUAUGUGGUUCUCUAAGAUUUAGUGUCUCAUCGUGCCCCACUUCUUCAAAGCAUAGAUCAAAUAGGAAAAGAAUGCUAGUUCUAUUUCUUCUACUGGUAUUUGUUCCUAUCACCUUUGUGCUUGUAUGGAUAAGGUAUAGAAGAGGUAAAAGAGCUCCUCAACAAGCUGAUUCAUUGUCUGUUGUAACAAGAGAAAGAAUUUCAUAUUUUGAACUGCUCCAAGCAACUGAUGCACUAAGCGAGAGUAAUCUGAUUGGUUCUGGAAGUUUUGGCUCUGUCUACAAAGGCAUACUCAGAAGUGGGACUGCUAUUGCAGUUAAAGUGUUCAAUUUGCAAUUGGAAGCGGCAUUCAAGAGUUUUGAUACAGAAUGUGAAGUUUUGCGCAACCUACGCCAUAGGAAUCUCAUGAAAGUCAUCACUAGUUGUUCCAACCUUGAUUUUAAGGCUUUAGUACUCGAGUACAUGCCCAAUGGAAGCCUCGAUAAGUG